AUGUCGGAACAAGCCGGCUACUCUCCCAGCUUCAAGAGGCCGUCCGACAUACUGCGGAUGAGGAGGAAAAGAGCCCGCAGCGAGGGAGUCGGGUCCGGCGGCCGGAGUUCCGCGGCCAGUCCGGGGUUGUCCGCAGCCGGCGUUCGCCCCUUCUCCCCCGGGCCUCUCCUAAGCGCCCAGUCUCGGUCCGGCGGCGUGAAGCGGAGGAACCCGUUCGCCAGCAUCGAGAACACCUACAACAGCCCGAAGAAGAGACCAGCGGUGUGGUCCGAUGGGGAUGUCGACUCCCUCGGCUGUAAACCGGUCGUUGAGGCUGAGAGUGAGAACCGUACGCAGGAGCCGGAUCGAGGGGAUGCGCCAAAGUUUACAGAGCUGCUCCUCCAGGCUGACAAAGAGGACGCGACCCACAGGAAACACCAUUCUAUCUCUGAGGACGAUUCUCUGUUUGAAGAAGAUCUAUUUGAUGAUAAACCAACUCCUUCAAUAUUAACAAGCCCUCAAGGCCCUCCCCCUAGUGAAACAGCGCCCCCUGCUGUAUGUGUGGAGUAUCCUGCCGACUGGAGCCUGAAGACCCGGCUGCUCUUCACCUCUCCACUCCCCUUCUCUUGGGCGGAGCACCUGAAGGCUCAGGAAGAGGCACAGGGUUUGACCCAAUAUUGCCGGGCAACACAUGCUAAUCUGCCCCAGCACAUACAGGAGCCACGCUGUAGCUCGGAGCUGCGCUGUGGCUUCCAGCAGUGUUUGCUGUAUUGGCAGCACCCCUCCCUGCCCUGGCUGUCCCUCUUCCCCAGAAUUGGUGCCGAGAGGAAGUUCUCUGGCAAGAGCGCCCCCUGGGCCCAAGACGAGGUGCUGCAGCAGAGUCUGAUGAGCGAAUGGUCGGUGAGCAUCACCUCUCUGUACAGUAUGCUGAAGGCAAAGUUGUGCCCCUACUUCUACCUGUGCUCCUACCAGUUCACCGUUCUCUUCCGUGCUGCUGGACUCAGUGGGUCCAAGGGUAUCACUGCGGUACUCUCUCCCACCACCAGGGGGCUCCGUGAGGCAAUGAGAGCUGAGGGCAUUGAGUUCACACUCCCCCUGCUGGAGGAGAAGAGGAAGAGCAAGGACCAGGGGUCCACACAGCAUCAUACUGAGGAAGAGGAACAGCAGCUCACUGACCAGUGUGAUAUGGAGCCUCAUUGCUGUUGCAGGACCAACAAUCACAAAGAGGAAGAGGAUGAUGAUGAUGAUGAAGACGGUGGUUUCUCCUGGCUGAAGGAAAUGGGGGUACAGGACAAAAUAAAGAAACCAGAUUCAAUCUCAAUCAAGCUUCGUAAGGAACAUAGUGAGGUGAGGCUGGACCACAGGCCCGAGUCAGUGGUUCUGGUGGAGGGGUCCAACACCUUCACUCUCCUCAACUUCCUCAUCAACUGCAAGAGCCUGGUGGCAGCGACGGGCUCCCAGGCGGGCCUUCCCCCCACCCUGCUGGCCCCCACCGCCUUCAGGGGGGCCACACUGCACACACUCAAGGCGCGCACCGUGAACGUGAAGACCCAGGUACGGGCAGGGUACCAGGACGUGUACAGUCUGGAGAUCACAGGCCCAGUGAUGCCCCACGCCCUCCACAGCCUCACCCAGCUGCUCCGCCCUGCACAGAGAGGAGGCUUCUCCACGGGACUGUACACUCACGAGCCUACCACCGUGUUCAACAUCCCCGCCUGCUCCCCCACCGAGCAGCACAAACAGGACGGAGCGGCUCAGGGUCUGGCUGGGUGCGGCCUGCACCCCAGCACUGUCUCGCAGCUGGUGCAGCCAUCCACCCUCGGCAAGGCUGCACUGAGACAACUGCACAUGAAGGACUACUCUUACACCUGGAGAUCCUGACGGGAACACACACGCACACACACACCCACACCCCUAAAUCCCGUAACUGCCAGUGUAUACGCAACACCACUGCCAACACACACUCAACCACAUACAGAAAUAACAUGUGCUGCACCCACAUAUACCUCACCACUGCCAAGACAUGUACACACACAUACCUCACCCAAGCCCACACAGUGACACUGCCAUCGCUAAGGAUAGCCUGAAUCACACUGCCACCAAUGGACAACUCACACCUCAGAC